AUGUACAUGUACACAGAAAGCCAGAGGAGUGAGCUAGGCAGCUCGUGCAAGUCAUCCAUCAGGCAUAUAAUCGGGUGUACACACAGCAUUCCAAUCGACUCACGCCUUGGCCUCCUUUGUCCAGGUUUCCGAGUGGCCGUGAUCUCCAGGGAUGGCAACAGACUGGAAAAGCUGAAGAACUUCAUCAGCCCUUCCACCAAAGACAACCUCUAUACUCUGGUGGGAGAUGUAGGGACUGAGGAGGGAGCUGAAACAGCCAAGAACAACCUGCUGAAGAGUGUGGGCAAGGUGACGGACAUCGUGUCCUCGCUGGGCUUCAGCUGGUGGCAGGGCGGCCCUCCCCAUACACAGCCACUGAAGGAGCUGCACCGGGUACUGGAAACAUUAGUGCUGAGCACAUUCACAUCCUGGAAAGCAUUUUUCCCCUUGGUAAAGGAUAGUCCCAGCGGAACAUACACCUUCAUCACAGGUGGCGCGGGGGAGAGGCUGCUGAUGCCCGGGACGGGGUUCCUGACCCUGGGGGCAGCGGCCACGCUGGCGUUCUGCCAGGUGGUGAGGGAGGAGUACCCAGAAGUGCCAUGCAAGCUGAACGAGGUGAAGGUCAACACAGGAGUGGCCACCCCAGACCGCAUGGGACCUGGGUACAUCAACCAUCUGGACCUGGGGGAAGCUGUGGCUUCACUGGUGGAGAAGAGAAACUCUUCGCACAAAGUCUUCAGUGUCAACACCCCCGCGGAUCUGAAGACCGUCAUCCUGGAGGGCAAGGCCUAGGAACCCCGCUGGGGUACAGCUUCGAGAACCUGAGCAUGACGCGAUCCCACAUCCAUCCCGAAUCCCGAGGGGUUUGCAUUUUCCCUUUUGUUUUUGACAGAUCUACCCGCCAUGAUCAAUCAGUGCAUUAAGACGUCCCCACUUCCACAUUAAGAAGCAUUCUGCAUGUCCCGAACCCCAAGAGUCAGGAUGAGCUCAGUGUUCAAUGCCUGUAGACCUUUGAUGUGAUUUCCAAUUAAUUAUAGAAUUGCCACUUUUCAUGAAAAAAAAAUGUAUGGGAAAGUCUGUGCUGGGCUAAAGAACUAAAAGAAUGUUUCAGGAAUCUGCAUGAGUGAAGCUGUCUGAUACAGGAUCAGGGGUGAGCAGAAAGCACACUUGUCUGUGAUAUAACAAUCCUUACAGUGCAGGCCAGGGAAUAUUUAAAAAAGGUUAGACUUAGCUGAAAAGGAAAUUUGACAGCCAAGAUCACCAUUCACUCUGCUGAGAAUCCAUCCCUUGCAUCUACCACUGUAGAAAUGUGUGUAUCAACCUCAAAGAGAAAAGCAGAUCAGUCACCAUUGUUCUAAACAUUACACAGUGCUCUGUCUGAUAAUGCACGAUCCUUCCCCAUAUAAAAGAACAGUAUUACCCUGUACUUUAUCUGGGUGCAUAGUAGAUUUGAUUUUUUUUUAUUCUUGUCAGACAAAAUAAUUACUUCACUUAAUGCUUUUUAAAUAAGUGUAUCUAGAUUCAUGUUUUCAUUUUUUCUCCUGCCAAAGGUGUACUGUCAGUUGUCAGAUGGAAAAAUGUUGAUUUUGUUUCUCAAUCACAGUAGUAACUCAUACGUGCUGAGCGGCAGCUGAAGACCAUUGGAAUGAAGCACACUUAUUAAACGUUUGCUCCUUUGCUAAGAUUUACUCCUCUUGUUUUUGGAAUUGGGCACAGGCUCUCAGCUAUUGAAGCUGUACAAAGAGCAGAAUGAGGACUAGGAACACAAAUGAUACUGCACUAACAUGCCUGUAUGGUUACUGUCACAGUAUGUAUCAGGCGUUUUUUUUUGCCAGACAGAAAAGCUGGAGCAUGUCUAAUGCUAAAGUGUAAUACGCAGAAACUUGUCCAGUUAAGUGUUUCAAUAAGUGAUUCUAGAAUUAUACCAUCUUGCACACAGGUCAGUAGCAAUACACAUUAAAGGCAAUCAUCAGUAAUCUGUGGUGAUUGUAUCCAUAUCCUGUACUGUCCAAAACAAAGCAUUUUCAUUUUCUAAAGCGUAUGGCAUGAAGGAGUAAUUUUCAUUUAUUUACCAGUUUCUAUUCAGAAUCGUGUUAAAGUGCUGAACUGAAGAAGCUAACAGGGACUCACAAUACACAUAUUAAUUUAAUACUGUGAAACUUAGUUUGAUAAGGAGACACAAUUUGCACUAACACUGUCCUCUUGUUAGCACAUAAGCCUCAUGCUUUGUUAUUUUUAAAAUUUGUUCAUAUAAAGGAAUUCCAGUCAAACCAU